AUGCAAUCGUUGCCCUCCCCAGAAGACGCGCGCUUCGGCCAUCCGCUGACCCUCCGUCGCCCCCCGCAUCUUCUUCCUCCGCAGCGCUCGAGCGUGUACGUGGGCGUCAUCGUCGCGGGUGCACUCGUCGGCGAGAAGGUCGUGAACCAGGGAUUCGACUCGAUGUGGGCGUCGAACAACAAGGGGAAGUUGUACGCGCACAUCGUGGACUCGUUCCCCGAGCCCGAGUCGGACGAGUGA